GGCCUGGCGUCCGGCAGCGGGCCGCUCGUCGCGGUGGGCCUCGGCGCGCUCGGGGGCGCCGCGUACUUCGGGAGGAAUACUUUCUACACGGUGGAGGCCGGCCACAUGGCCGUCAAGUACAGCCGUCUGUCCGGGAUCGGCCAGCAGACCUUCCAAGAGGGGCUUCAUUUCAUGAUCCCGUGGUUCGAGAG